UUAACAUGAUGAAAAUCAAUUUCAUAAAUUAUGGCCGAGCUCGCCCUUCAAAAUAUAAGUAAUGCCCUCUGUCCCUCUCUCCCUGGCCGAGCUCGCCCUUCAAAAUUAUGCAGAGUUGAAUUGAAUUGAAGAGCAGGUAAAUGAAUCCCACCCUCAUUUAUAACCUAACCUAGCCUAGGGUUCUUCUUUUUCUUCCCCAAAUUUCCGUUUAUUAAAUUGCUCUACCUGGUGUUAAAAGAAAUUAGGGGUUGGAGGAAGAGGUGGUUUAAACUGGCAAGCUUUUCACCAUGUCGGUUACAGCGGGUGUUAGUGAUACAGCUUUAGCUGUUAGAGAUAAACUUAGAGGUAAAAUUGGACAGACCAAGGUUAAAAGGUACUGGCCUGGCAAAGCCCCUGAGUGGGCUGACGAUGCUGAUGAAGAUGGAGAUAUUAGGAUGGCGAGGGCUGCUGCCUUGGAUAAAGCUUUUCCUAUUCGUGAUGAUUCCUAUGAUGUUGCUGCGUCGAAAGAUGAUCCCAGGCUGCGUCGUUUGGCUGAGAGCAGGAUUGAUAAUCGUGAUGAAGUGAGGGCGGAUCAUAGGAGGAUUCGCCAGGCUGAGAUUAUUUCGACGGAAGAGGAGGAGAUGCGGAGACAGGAAUGGGCUGAUAUGGAGGAAGAGGAUGAGGAUGCAUUGGAGGAAAGGAGGAGAAGGAUUAAGGAGAAGUUGCGCCAUAGGGAGCAAGAGGAGGCUGUGCUUCUUCCCAUAGAGGAGGAGGAGGAAGUGGAGGAAGAGGAAGAAGAGGAGUCUGAGUACGAGACUGAUUCUGAAGAGGAAAUGACAGGAAUGGUUAUGGUGAAGCCUGUUUUUGUGCCCAAGUCGGAAAGAGAUACUAUAGCUGAGCGUGAGCGGCUUGAGGCUGAAGAACAAGCUCUCGAGGAAAAGGUGAGGAGGAAAUUGGAGCAGAGGAAGGUGGAGACGAAGCAAAUAUUGGUUGAGGAGAUACAGAAAGAGGAGUUGAUUCAGAAGAAUCUGGAGACGGAGGCAAAUAUUGCUGAUGUGGAUACUGAUGAUGAAAUUAAUGAGGCGGAGGAGUACGAGGCUUGGAAGGUCAGAGAAAUUGCAAGGAUUAAAAGGGAUAGAGAGGCCCGUGAGGCAAUGUUGAAGGAGAGAGAAGAGAUUGAGAGGGUGAGGAAUAUGACCGAGGAAGAGAGGAGAGAGUGGGAGAGGAAGAAUCCAAAACCUGCUCCACCAUCGAAGCAGAAGUGGAGGUUUAUGCAGAAAUAUUACCACAAGGGUGCUUUCUUCCAGGAUCAGCCUGAUGACCGAGCAGCAACUGCCGGAACAGAUGACAUUUUCAGACGUGAUUUCUCAUCUCCGACUGGAGAAGAUAAGAUGGAUAAAUCCAUAUUGCCCAAGGUUAUGCAAGUCAAACACUUUGGUCGCAGUGGACGAACGAAAUGGACCCAUCUUGUCAAUGAAGAUACGACUGAUUGGAACAAUCCGUGGACAUUCAAUGAUCCUCUGCGGGCAAAGUACAAUGCAAAAAUGGCUGGAAUGAAUGCUGCUAUAGAUAAACCCAAAGGAAGCAAAAAGUUGAAGGAUUGGGAAUCCCGGUAACCAAAAUUUUGAAGUGUCAUUAAGCUCAGCGAAGAAACUGUUUAUUGGACCUUCUUUAACUAGAAGUUUGCAGGACUCCAUUUGUCUGCCCUCGUAGAGCUGUAUGGUGUAGGUUCUCGUUAAUCAUGGUGCAGGCAGAUCUGUGUAAUUUUCAUCAUUGGGGAAUUUCAUGCGCUGAUGAUCUAUUAUCAUUUUCACCA